AGUGAAGCAGAAGUUGUUCUCCAUGAAGCUGCUGGAUGUGAAAGUUUUCCUUCGACUGUUCCAGACUGAAGGUGAAGCAGCAGGAUGGAGGUGUUCCUUUAGUCUUUACUGCUCAUGAAUCCACUUCCUGUUCUUGUAAAUCUGGAGAGACCUGGUUGGUAUUUAUUUCUUCUGCAUGACAUCAUCACCCAGUAAAAGAGGAAGUGAAGAACACUUCUGUCUAUCAGAGGCUGCAGCUUUCAGUCGUCUCCGUCUGGCUUCUGGACCUGAUCAUGGGUCUCCUGUGGAUGGUCCUGCUGGUGGUUCUGGUCGGUGCAGAGGCCCAGAACCUGACGGAGGUGAAAGGGAUGCUGGGUAAAGACGUCACUCUGAACUGCUCCAUCAGGAACUCUGAGGUCUACUGGUACAUGGAGAUCCAUAACCAGUUUAAAGGGUUUAUCGGACGAACUUUUGCUACAGGUGAAACCAGUUACUCCUCUCCUGAUUUUGAAUCCAAAUAUUUAAUGUCAGACAACAGACUAGUGAUUAAAAACAUGACAUCAGGGGACCGAAGACUUUACUUCUGUGGCAGGAAGACCAGUGGUGAUGUUCAUUUUCUGGACACUUUCCGCCUCGUCUCAGACCAGAAGAACCACACGAACCAGACCAACCAUGAGAACCUCGGCAGUUUACUGAAGCGUGAAGAAGUCGUAUUCAUCUCACUGAGCCUCAACGCCAUCCUUGGUUUGAUCCUAGUAGGUCUCAGUUGUUUCUUGUCUUUGAAGAGGAAAAACAGCAAACAGCUGGAGGAAAAUCCUGAAACUUUCAACUGUGAAAACCCAGAGCCUGCACAGUACGAGGAGAUCCGGUUUCCCACCAGCAGAGUCCCUGCUGCUGCUGCAGCCGAAGUUUACUACAAAGUUCAGCUUCCUCACUGCUGACGGACACACCUGGACACAUCUGGACACCUGGACACAUCUGGACACCUGAACCACACCUGGAC